AUGAACCCCCUCGAAUCCUCCGACGUCCACAGCCGGCCGGAUGCUGCGCAGGCGGCGCCAUUCUCGCGGCCUGGCCCCUUGUCUGGUCAGCCCUUUCGCAUUCCGAACCUUGUCGUCCGUGGGUCUUCAGCUGGCACAGCCUCCAGCAAAGCAUCGCAGCCUUCUUCGCGACGCGUUGCGCAAGGACAAGACCCAUCGGAUGCAUUGACACCCUUGACAGCGCGAUCUGGCAGUGCGCAUACAUCUGGUCGUCAUCGCUCCGGCCGAUCCGUAGGUUCCGCGACGAGCCAGGCACCGCUCACUCCCUCCCUUCGUAGCAUCUCACCUGCACCCAGUGAGGUGACUGUACGCAGUGGACCUGCCAACGCUACUGUUCCGCUAGACGCUUUGCCCGCAAGCUCUCGCACGGACGCACAGAGAACUAGCUCCGCUUUGUCACGUAGCGCUCGGGCAUUGACCUCUGCUCGCCGGCGUGCCAGACCAUCCACGGCGCAGAGUGCUGGUAGGACGAACACUGCUGCUUCCGAGCUGGGUGUGCCUCCAAGCUCGUGGAUAUGUGCCAUUCUGGAGAAUCGAGGGGUCGGGCGUGAGGUUGGCAUAGCUGCCAUGGAAGAAGACACUGGCCAAGUCAUUGUUACGCAGGUAAUCAAUCACACUCAUUGUCCCUGCAUGAAAAGCGUAGGCAGCUGCUGACAGUCUCGAGACAUUGAUUUCGAUGCGCAGUUUGCGGAUACGCAGGUAUGUGUACGUCAUCGUGAUACCGAAAGUAAGCUCAGAGGCCUUCAUUCGUUCUGCCUACAGACAUACGUGAGGACCGUGCAUCAUUUGAUGCUUCAUCCUCCAGCUACUGUACUCGUGCCGGAUACAUGCGCGUCUUCCUCGGACUAUCCAGAUCCCGGAUCUAACGGCACAGCGAUCGAGUCUUCGAUCCUUGUGUGCACAAUCGAAGACACGUUCGAUAUGGGAAUUCUACCCUUCGCGAGAAAAUUUUGGAAUCACGAGGAUGGCGGUGAGAAAAAAACUGUUAAGCGCCAAGAUGCAUGCGUCCGUGGCUGACCUGAGCACGCAGCCAAGGUUUUGGAUAAAGUGCUCGUGGACGAUGUGCUCACAGAGUCCAUGAGCAGAGAGCGCGAAAGCUCGGCCUCGGUAGACACUUCUGCUCACGCUGACACCGAGUUGCUUGCGGGAGCUACGUCGCGGGUCGCGAUACUCAAGGCGAUUGGAGACCGCUACUAUGCCCUCGGAGCGUGCGGCGCAUUACUCAAGUGCGCAGAGUUGCACGCCUGACAGCCACCAUCUCGUGGCCGCAGUAGCCUAGAAGUAGAGCUCACACCAGACUCUUCGCUCGUUGUUAGAUACAUAGAGCGCAGCAGCAACUAUGCCGUCUCCCAUCGUUCGUUACGCGUUCGCUACAGUCCUCCAGACGGUACGUUACCAGCGCUCGGCCAAGCCACACUGAGCGCUCAUAUGUGCCGUUGGUUUCUUUAGGAACCAUGUUAAUUGACACAGAAUCCGCUCGAAACCUCGAGCUGGUCUCCAACGGGGUGGAUCGCAAGUCCAAGGACUGUCUGCUAGGUAGGAACUUUUCAAGGGCCAAGAUUUCAUCCCAAGCUGAAUAUCGCCGUCCUAACGCAAUCUUGCAGGCGUUCUCGACUGCACACGCACACCGAUGGCGCGGCGUCUCCUUGUCAUGAAUUUGCUUGCGCCGCUCACGGACCAAUCCACCAUCCAGUCCCGCCUUGACACGGUCGCCGAGCUGAUAGAAGACGAAGAUCGUCACGAGGCUCUACAAAGCAAUUUCAAAGCAUUUGCCCACACCAAUAUUGACCUCGACAAGCUCAUCAGGCAGCUCUUGGAACCAGGAAGGAAGCACAGUGUCGGCGACCCGAGCCACACAUUCUCAAAGGUUGGCCAGGUGCUUGAACUCUUAGCCUUGCUGCGCCAAGUCACUUCGCUCCGCACAGCUCUCAAAGGAGCUCGCUCGGGACUGUUGCGGGCCAUUGAAAGUUUUCUCAGCAAUCCGAUGGUUGAUGACAUUGUCGACAAAAUACAGAGUUGUAUCAACCCAGAUCUGAUGGUCUCCAGUAGUAAGCACAACCUUGCAAAUCGCAACACACGGCUCUUUGCUGUCAAGGCAUCCCGCUCGCCUCUUUUGGACAUCGCCCGCGACACCUAUAGAGAGGUGAUAAAUGCUUUCUAGAGUUGGCAUUUGUCGAGUGUCGAAGUCUGCAACUUACUCGCUGAUCCUCUGGCAGAACAUUGGAGACAUUCAUGGGCUUCUCAAUCGAUACGUAGAGGAGUACAAGCUUGACAUCGAGCUUGCGUGCAACGACAGCAGCGCCUCGGUGAGUCAUGACAAUGAGGGACAGUAGGUGGCAACCGUUGCGCUGAAGAUUAAGCUCGCGUACCCAGCUGCGUCUGGCAGCGACUCCUGGCAUGACUUCCCGCGAUCUGCCGCACACCUUUACAAACGUUGUCAGGAGCCACAAUAAGAAAAGCUUCUCAUUCACUACGCUGACCUUGAAAAAGCUCAAUCAGCGCGUCAUCGACUCUAGCAAUGAGGCGAGUCACCCUUCAAGCUCGAUACUACAACUCUGGGCUAAGAUUGCUCCUUUGUAGAUCUUGCUGAUGUCCACGGGCAUCAUCGAAGAGCUGCGAGCAGAUGUGGUGCAGCGGGUGGGAGCGCUUUACAAAGUCUCCGAGGCCCUAGCGCUCCUGGACAUGAUCCACUCUUUCGCGAUUUGCGCUCGCAGCGCUCGAUUUACGCGUCCUGAAUUUACCGGCACCAUACUCAUCAAAGCUGGAAGACAUCCAGUAAUGGAGAAGUCCAUGCGCAACAACACUGUGGUGCCUCAGGAUCUUCUUGUGUCAGGCGGAGAGAGCUUCUUCAUCAUCACUGGACGUGGGUAGCAGUAAGCAAAACCGAGUGCCAUAUAUGCCCCUCGUCUCAAUCUGCCUUCCCAACACGCUAGCAAAUCACUCUGGCAAGACCACCUACCUGCGACAGACAGCGUUGCUACACGUCAUGGCAUGUGUCGGCAGUUUGUGAGUUUUGUGCUUCGCUGGGGAGCGCCAUUUGAGCAGCGCCAGCUGAUUGGUUUUCGACGAUCAGCGUGCCUGCAGUGUAUGCUUCAUUCAGGCUACACACCGAUAGCAUUCUGACGCGGCUCUCGAACAACGACGACCAGGAGACAAAUCUGAGUACCUUUGCAAGUGAACUGCGUUCAACGGCGUACAUCUUAUCACUAGCAUCCAAAGACAGUCUUGUGCUGAUCGACGAGCUAGGUGUGAGCAAAACGUUCCACAUGUGGCCUCUCUUUGAAAAGGCUGACUGAGCUGUCAAGUCGCAGAGGGGCACCUCGCCGCACGGUGGCUUCGGCGUUGCUCAAGCCGUGGCGGAAGAGCUCAUCGCCAUGGAAGCCCCCACACUCUUCGCAACGCACUUUACGGACCUUGGUAGGACUCUUGGUUAUCAUCCGAGCGUAGUCCUCCAUCGGUUCUCAUCAAGUCAUGCCCAGCAGCGCUCGAAUGUGGUGAGCAGUGCGUCGACCGACACAAAUCACCAUCUUGAGCGAGGAAUCGUUCCAAAGUGAGGCUUCUGAUGCGCUUUUAAAAGUCGCGCUCAUCGAGCUCUGAUGCGAAUCUGUCCUCUUGGCAGCUCUCACUAUGGCCUGGACAUGGCAGCUCGCUGCGGCUUGCCUUCUUCUUUGCUAGAGAGAGCCCAGCAAAUGGUGGCCAAAUUGGAAAGCGCUUCCAAAUCGGCCACCGAAGCUUCCGAAGCUAGGAUGGUCAUGCGGCGCCGCGAAGCUAUCAGUAUGGUGGGUCGCAUCGCAUCGGAUACGAGGCCCUUGAUCAGUAGAAACCCAAACUCAUCAGUCUUCCCGAUUGCGGGCCUCAUUGGAGCUCACAGCUCUGCAAACAGCUUUGCCACUUCUUGCAGACGUGCCAAGUCGACGAUCCUCUCACGUUGCUAGCUGCCAUGCAACGUGACUUUGUAGAGGUCCUCAGAGCCUCCUACGCAGCUCCUAAGACUUCCUGA